AUGUUUUAUCAACUAAUAGCUGGUGCAACAAUUUCAUUAUCAGCUAUGACAGUUAUCAUUCAGCUUAUUUUCUUUCCAAUAUUUAUUAUACAAAAUGAUUCGAGUCGACAAAAUAUACAAAAACGAGUGGAAAAUUUUAAAAUAACAUUUGCAAAAGCGGAUUUUCAUCUUUCUCAUUUACGAAAGAAAUCACUUAGAAGCAAGCGCAAUGCUGAACUUUGUAUGCCUUAUGAACAAGGACCACCUGGACCUCAAGGUGAUGAUGGUGAAGACGGACCUCCCGGGGACGAUGGCCCAGAUGGAUUACCAGGUAGAGAUGCUAGAGAUAUGAUGGCUGAAAUUGAGGAGAAAUGUGUGAUUUGUCCACAAGGACCUAUGGGACCUCAAGGACCUCCGGGCAAUCAAGGAGAAACUGGACCAAAAGGAGAUAAAGGCCAGCCAGGAUUACCAGGCAUAGAUGGGCUUGAUGGACCAAUCGGUUUGGAAGGACCCAUGGGUUACAAUGGCACAUCAGGACGACCAGGAGCAAAAGGAACGGAUGGAAGACCAGCAACUGGAGGAGUUGGGGCUGUCGGACCAAAAGGACUUCCAGGGCCUAUAGGAAGAGCCGGACCGCAAGGGCAAAGAGGAAAAAGGAAUUAUAUUUACGGACCUCCGGGACCAGAUGGAAAGGCAGGAAUAAGUGGAUUGGAUGGCUUACCUGGUAACAUUGGAGCACGUGGUGAAAGAGGGCCACCAGGAGAACCUGGAGCUGAUGCCUUAUUUUGCCCUUGCCCUAAUGAAUUAGAGAUGAUAAAAAUACAAACAAAGGUUAUUUUCGACACUUCCAUACUCCACUUAUCUUCUUAUCUUAGCAAUUUUCUUUGCGCAUAA